AUGUUCUUGUCAGCUUUAGACAAGUUAAAAGAGCAGCAAAGGUUGCCAGUAAAAUAUAAUGAGCAAAUUAAAUAUAUUGAAAGAGAUCCUAAUGAUAUAGAAAUUCCAAAAUCAAGAAUUUACUCUUUACAUGAACUUUUGGAUGCAGCAGCCUUACGUGGUGAUAAACAGGAGAACCCUAAAAAAUCUAAAAUAAGGAGAGCUACAUCUAGAUAUAUUUCACCUAAGUAUAAUGAAUCUGAACCUUCUACCUGUAGUACUCCAACUGUAGGCUUAAUACGUAUAUGCAGAAAUACAGUAGUAACAAAUUCAUCAAAUGAUGAUAAUAAUAAACAAACACUUGAAAAUAGAGAAAAUAAAGUUAUCUUAAAUACAGAUAGCUGUAAAUCAAAAAUUGCAAGCUCUAAAAUAAAAACUGAUAAAUGCGAAACUAAAUAUUACAAUUCCAGAAACAAUAGUAAAUCCUUGAAAAAAACAAAGGAAGUACUAGAAAAUGUAAUAAAUAAAGGUGAAAUAGGAUUAAAUAACAAAAGUUCUUCUGAAUAUUGUGAAAGUACUAUUGAAGAUAAACUGACAAGAAAUGUUAGAUCUUCAAAAAUAAAGAAAUCAUCUAUUAAAUCUGAUUAUCAAAAAGUGAAGAAUAAAGAUAAACUACUAAAGAAAAAAUAUAAGGAUAUUUCUGAAUCUAGUUUCUUUUGUAAUAUGGUAAUAAGUCCAGAUUCAUCUAAUAGAAAUAGCAAAAGCUGCUAUACACUAGAUGAAUAUAAUGAAAAUUUUAUAAUUUCAAGUCCAGAUAAACUUGAAAUUUUAUAUUCUAUGAGUACAGGACUAACUCCAUUAAAUAAUAAAAAUAAAUCUACGAGUAAAAUCAAUAAAAAAAGAACAAGUAAAAAAAAAAGUAGAGAAAGUGAUGGUAAUAGUGAUAAAAAUAUAUUUAGUAAUCCAAAUAUUUCAGAUAAGACUAAUUCAGAUAAUCUAAAUCACUCUUAUAGUGAAGAGAUAGACAAAGGUAUAAUUAGUGAUAUAUUAUGUAAUUUGACAAAUUGUUCGAAAAUUACAAAGGGAGAGAUUAUAAAACAAAAUAAUUUUAUAUUACAAUUAAAUGAAAAAUUAUCAAACAGAAAUAAAAAAGUUGAGUCUUGUAAUACAAAUAUUAAAAGUGGUAAAAAUAAAAAUACUUCGAAUUUGGAGUUACAAAGUGUUUUAAAUAAUAUAUUAACAAAUGAAUCUUUAAAAAUAAAACAAAUAGAAGAUAAGGAACAUAAGCAUGAACUUUUAUGGGCUUUAAAUGAAGAUCCUAAACUUUUAAGUAUUGAUGAAAAGGAAACUCUUUAUCAAGAAUAUAUUGUGACUGAUGAUUAUAAAGAAUCUGAAGAUUUAGGAGAUAUUGAAAUAAUCAAUAAGUAA